AUAGCUUUAAAAUUAUUUAGGACUUUAGCCAUUAGCCGAUACACAAUGUAUUCUCAGUUUCGUUUUAUUUGCAGGCAAAUGGACAGCUGCAUAUGGACAGUACAUUCAAUAUCAACUCAAGCGUGCCUUCAACCUACAAACGAGAAAAUAACUAUACUACGAAGAAAGGGCAACGUAACCUCAAUGCCACGCAUCACUCUCUCUCUCUCUCUCUCUCUCUCUCUUCUAUCUAUAUAAGAACACCUCUUUCAUAUCAGUUAGCAUACAAAACAACAGUUCUCACCAAAACUUCUCAAACCACUUAGACCUUGGAGAUGGCUUCAAAGCCCACAAUGUCUCUGGCAUUGCUCUCUUUAGUGGUGGUGCUAGUUCUGGCUGUGGGGGCUAAUGCAGGAGGAAUUGCUAUAUAUUGGGGUCAAAAUGGAAAUGAAGGCACAUUAGCUGAAACUUGUGCUUCGGGGAAUUACCAAUUUGUAAACAUAGCUUUUCUCUCCUCAUUUGGCAAUGGCCAAACCCCCGUGAUCAACCUCGCCGGUCACUGUGACCCAUCAACGAACGAAUGUACCAAGUUGAGCCCACAGAUAAAGUCAUGCCAAGCCAAGGGGAUUAAGGUCAUUCUCUCCAUAGGAGGAGGUGCUGGCAGCUAUUCUCUAACCUCAGCUGAUGAUGCAAGGCAAGUUGCUACUUAUCUGUGGAACAACUUCUUGGGAGGACACUCCUCUUCAAGGCCAUUGGGAGCUGCUGUUUUGGAUGGAAUUGACUUUGAUAUUGAGGGAGGGACCGACCAGCAUUGGGAUGACCUUGCAAGGUACCUCUCUGGAUAUAGCAAGAAAGGCAAGAAAGUUUACUUGACUGCUGCCCCACAAUGUCCCUUUCCUGAUGCUUGGGUUGGAAAUGCCCUUAAGACAGGCCUCUUUGACAAUGUUUGGGUUCAGUUCUACAACAACCCUCCCUGCCAGUACACUUCCGGAGAUGUGGCCAAUCUCGAAGACUCGUGGAAGCAGUGGACUUCAGCCAUUCCUGCACAAAAGAUUUUCUUGGGAUUGCCUGCUGCACCUCAAGCUGCUGGCAGUGGAUUUAUUCCUGCAACUGAUCUCAACUCACAAAUCCUUCCAGCUAUAAAAAAAUCGGCUAAGUAUGGAGGUGUCAUGCUCUGGUCCAAGUAUUAUGAUGAUAUCACUGGAUACAGCUCCUCCAUCAAGAAUCAAGUCUAGAAUUUAAUUUUAU